AUGUCUAUACCUGCUCUCCUGGAUUUUUAUCGCGACAAUAUAAUUGACGAUUGGACGUGUCCUAAUGUAGUAGAUUUUUAUCGUACGAAAGUAAAAAAAAAGAAAUUGAAAGAAUUGAUCGAUCUUAUACAUAAAGAUCUUCGAGAAGUGGCAAAUUCUGAUCCUGGAUUUGACGUGACAAGAAAAAAAAAAGCUCGAGAAAUACUUGAUAACUGGAAGAGCUGGACUGCAUCAGUAAAGAACUUUAAAAAAGAUCUCGAACAAGUUAAAAUCGAUCGUCUGCAGAUAAACCAGCUUUCGACCGGAGAUGGCACAACAUACAACAAUUGUCACAUAAUUUCAGAACUUCCCAAGUAUAAUGACGCGAGUCGUACAGAUUCGGAAGAUAAAAUAUUAGAAAAACCUACUAAAAAUGAUGGCGCAAAUAAAAAUGCGGACAUAUUGGAGGGGGAAUGUUCUACGAGAAAACUCAGAGAUACUAUAUCUAUUGAUUACAAUCACAAUUUGAGUGAAACUUAUUUUUCUGAUUCAGAUCAUGAGUCAGAUAAAAGAAAGCAGAGCGAAUUGGAUGAUGAAAGUGAUUAUGAAGCAAGUAAUAGCCCUACUUCCUCCGAUUCAAAUAAUCAGCAAAAAAAGCGGAAGAUCAAUAAAGGGAAACAACCAAAAUCAAAAAUAAGAAUGAAACGUGAUAACAGAAGUGCCAGUUCCUUAAAUUCUAUAUCAAACAAUGUAACAAUAUCACAAGAUUCAUCAAAUCAAGAACAAUUACCGACUGUGAUAGUUACAAACCCUACCACCCGAAUUACAAGAACUCCAUCACCAAGGCCUAAUAUUGAUAAUGCUAAUAUACAAAUUACUCCUCAAAAGUCAGUGCUUUUUAAGGAUUCCGUAACUUAUCUACAAAACCAUAUAAAAAUGAAUGUAAAUAAUCAAGGAAUGAUCAUAAAAGAUAAUCGUGCACCAAAUGCAUCAGUAGAUAUUUCUAAUAUAAUUCGCAAUUGGCUUGUAAAAAUCUUAUCAUCAACAAAAGAAGAGUUUAAAAAAGCCAUUAUGACACCUUUAACCUCUGAAGCAAGUCAAAAGGAUAAAAAAUUUCGAGAAAUUUGUGAAUUCAUUUUAUAUGAUUUUUAUUUUACAACAAAAGGAGGUCCCUUAAAACGAAAUGUUGGUGAACGUACGUAUAUAGUAGAAAGAAUAGUUCCCAUAUUUAAAGCAAUACAGUCGAUAUACGAAGAAAUUAAGUUUCAUUGGAUAGAGAUUGAAUUAAACUGUAUGAAAGAGAUAAAAAAACUACAUCCGGAUUUUAAUUUGACUAUAAAUCAGGCUGAUGGUCUAGGAAUAAGAAAUUCAAGCAACAAGGCAAUUCUUUUUAUUGAGGUUUCGGGUGGACCUGAAAGUUCAGAUCUAAAACACGCAAAGGAAGAUAGCGAAAAGCUUCUUAAAGAAGCCAUAUUUGGACUUGUUUCCAUACUACGAAAUCACAUGGAUAAGAGUGCAGAAGAGUCAAAACAUUUAUACACGUUUAUGAUACAAAGCAUUGGUGACCGGAUAACAUUUAGUAAACUAUGUCUUGCAAAUAAGCAUAUUUACUCAGUUUUGCAGAUCAAAUCUGCAAUAUUACCAUUCGAAUUCAAUGAUGUAGCAGAUUAUUUGGAGGUUUUUGAACUUCUUCACAUUCUAGUGAGUGAACUAGAAAUUCAAAUGGGAGUGAUAAAUAAAUUAAAGUUAUCCGAAUCAGUCAAUGGUACCAAUGUACCAAAAAUUCGGGACUGGAUUUGGGUUCCGGAUUCAGUUUCUGCAUGGGAAUGUAAAGAAAAUUGA